AUGUUCCCAAAAUUUGCCCUUCUUUCUCUUUCCAUUACUGCCAUCACAGCACAGGCGCAGCUGAACGGAGGCUGCCAGACUGUCUCCAGCAGCGUCAUCCUCGAUUCGAACUGGUGUUGGGUUCACACCAAGUCCGGUUACACCAACUGCUACAUGGGCAAUACUUGGGACAAGACCCUCUGCCCCAAUAACCAGUCCUGUGCGACCAACUGUGCGCUUGAGGGUGCUGACUACUCUGCCACAUACAGCAUCACGACAAGCAGCAACACCCUUACUCUCAAGUUCAUCCAGAACAACAGCAACGGCAAGAACAUCGGCUCUCGUUUACCUUAUGGCGAGCGAAUCAAGCUCCCAUGCGGCCUCAACGGCGUGCUCUACUUCUCUGCGAUGGAUGAGGAUGGUGGGAUGGCGAGGUUCUCCACCAACAAGGCGGGCACGAAGUAUGGAACCGGCUACUGCAAUUCACAGUGCCCUCAAGACAUCAAAUUCAUAAAUGGAGAGGCGAAUGCGGACAGGUGGGAGCCAUCAUCGAACGACUCCAACGCAGGAAACGGUGGAAACGGCAUUUGCUGUAAUGAGAUGGACGUAUGGGAGGCCAAUUCCAUUUUCGGCACGUCUUGCGGCGGACAGAGCAACCACUACGGCAGCAUCUGCGACCCCAAUGGCUGCGACUUCAAUUCGUUCCGUAUGGGCGAUAAAUCUUUCUACGGCCCAGGGCUCAAGGUCAACACCAAUUCCAAGUUUACGGUAGUCACCCAAUUCAUUACCGACACCGGAACAGCCUCUGGCACGCUCAAGGAGAUUCGCCGCCUCUAUGUCCAAAACGGGAGGAUCAUCCAGAACUCCAAGGUCAAUGUUCCAGGAAUGGCGGAGCAGGAUUCCGUCACGACGCAGUUCUGCAACGAGGCCAAGGCAGCCUUCGGCGACCGCGACUCCUUCGGCCAGCAUGGUGGGAUGAGUGGAAUGUCCAAGUCGAUGGCAGUAGGCAUGGUUCUUGUGCUCAGCAUCUGGGACGAUCACACUCCCAAUAUGCUUUGGCUUGACUCCAACUAUCCGACCGAUGCCAACCCGAACAAACUGGGUAUUGCUCGCGGAACAUGCGUGACGUCUUCCGACAUACCCGCCGAGUUUGGCGACAUUGGAUGGACAUACAGUGGUACCGCUUAG